UCACUAACAAAAGUAUUAUUACAAAAAAUCAAAACAAGCCAAAACACAAUCAAUUUCAAUUUAAUUGCACCGCGAAUAUGCAACCUCCCCAUCCCCCGCCCCUCUGACAGUGUGCGCAGCAAUGGCCACGUCCCCGCCUACAAUCGCAGUAGACGCAGCAGCAGAAAGCGGAGCAGCAGCAGUGGAGCAUCCGCAGCAGAAGCAGCGCCAGCACCAACAACAUCAGCUGGCAAGGAAUUCUCUGCUCGCAGAUUUGCGGAGAUCCACAAAUUUCUGGUUCCGGGCUGCCAAAUCAACGGACGGACUGCAAUUGCUGGCCCAAAGUUGCACUAGGAUUUUACAACAUGGACUGUUGCAGCCUGUGGAACUUCAGCGACUGGCGGACGACUUUGAGUUUUUGCUGGCAAGUGCGAGAAAACAGCAGCCGCAGGCUAAACCAACGCCUUAUCGUUCGGAUUACACGACCAGAGGAUGUGCGUCAUUGGUCACCGGUGUGGAUGAGUUUCUAGGCGAAUGGACCACACGUUGCCUGCAAGCCCGCUGCCUUUCGCAGUGCCUGCAAACACUGGUCGCCGAUCCAGAGUUAAUGGAUCUGUAUUAUCCCAGUUCGGAGGCUUUUUUGCGAAAAUCCAGUGACGCCACCGCUUUGUUCGUUUGCUUGACAGCUGUCCAGCUGAAUCAAAGCGGACUACUCGGCCAGCUUGAGGUCAGGCAUCAGUUGCGACAUCGACGCACUUGCUCCCAGCCGAACUUUAGCAUUUCACCAAAACUACAAGCUGUGCCUGAGGAGAGACUACAGAAACGCAGUUUUCUCAGGCGCCUGAAGAGCCUACCUAAUCUUAAUCAGGAGGAUCAAGAGGAGCUGGACGAGAGGACAUCCUUUAGAAGACGCUGUCAAACGUUCAGUAGCUCCAGGAGCCACAAACUAAGAGAGGAUCACUUGGAUGCGCCAUCUAGCAGUUCUUGUUCCUCACAAGACAGUCCCAAACGCAUCCAGCUGAUUAACUGUGAUGAUAUAAAGAUCUGGACCGAUCAAACGGCCCAGGAAGUUCCGCCAGAAGCGCAUGAGAAGAAGAUGCAAGAGGCACCCAAAGCAUCCCCAUCAAUGGGAAGUUAUCUGGGCAGCUUCUUUGGUUCACCGCCUCAGUACACCAGUUGGUUUCAGCGUGGCGUGGGCGAGGAUCUAAACGCCUCCGGAGAUGGAGGUAUGUUGGACUCCUUUCUGCCCGUAAACGGACGAAAGCUAAAGAAGCAACAUACCCUUUUCGAGGGUGUUAGCAUGCUAGACGAGGCUGCUUCGGCCACAACCUGUGCAUCGUCCUCUGCUCCUUGGGAUAUUCAAGGUUCAGCCGGUGGCGGUGGCAGCACCACCACAUCAACAACAGCAUCCAGCUCAGUGAGCAUUACGCCGGGCAGUGACAAGAUGGACCAGCAAUCGCUGGCCUCAUUCCUGCAAAUGUCCCGGCAAACGCACAAUAAUACCCAACUGGAGAAGGAGAAUGCACACUUCCGAAUUUCGGAGGCCUGCAUUACGGCCAUAGAACAUGUCAAGUGGAGCAGGAGGCUGGCCAGACCAACUGGUCCGGCGAAUACGAAUCCCUCGGAACCUAAUCUAAUGCCCUAUGUGGAGCAAAUUCCCGGUGAUGUUCAGAAUCAUAGUGCCGAGGCUGUUGGUCUCCAGCUGAUAUCCCGCUUUAGCGAUCAGCAAUUGCCUCGAUUGGGCCAUCUCAAGUGGCUGGUCUCCGAGCAGGAGGCACCGCAGCAACUCCUGCCCCUACCGAUUCCGAAACAGGAUCAAGAGCAGGCAAGCCUGACUAGAGGCACCUCCAGUUGGGCACCACCUCGUCAGCAGAUCAUUUUCACCGAACAUCCCGCGGAGAGUCGUUGCAAGCUGCUGCAAAAACAGAAUAAUCGCUGUGCCGGAUGUGGAAUGCGCGUGGCCAAGCACCUGCAGCAGCACUUUCGCUACUGCAGUUACCUGGGAAAAUAUCUGUGUACUGGCUGUCAUCGCAAUCAGAUAUCCGCUAUUCCCGCUAGGAUCCUCCGCUCCUGGGACUUUCGCUGUUAUCCAGUUUGCUCUUUUGCCUAUCGCCUAAUCGAGCAGAUGUACGCCUUUCCGCUAUUCCAUGUCCCGGAUCUAAAUAGCCAACUGUACAAGCACAAGGAACUGGCCAAGGCAAGAAGAAGGAGACUGCAGCUCCAGGCGGUCAAGGGAUUCAUAGCCAACUGCCGAUUUGCAACGAGAGAACAGUCGUUCUUCAAUGCCAUUCCGGUGCACAUUACCCAGGAUCCGGACAUGUGGUCCAUGUGCGAUUUCGUGGACGUCCAGAACACCAGCAUGAAUCGCUCUAUCAAGGAGGUGAUAGCUCUCAGCGAACAGCAUGUCAACAAUUGUGUGCUAUGUACGGGUCGUGCCUUCCUUUGUGAGCACUGCAAGGGCGGUGAACCCAUCUAUCCUUGGCAGCGAAAAGUUCAGCGUUGUGAGCGCUGUGGUGCUUGUUUCCAUCAAGCUUGCUGGAAGAUCAGAAGUCGGUCACGCAGCCACGUCGAUCCGUGUCCCAGGUGCUCCCGUCUCCAAAAUCGUGCCAGCUAGCAUUCGAUUAAGAAAGAUUUCAAAAAGCGAAGGAAUGGAUAGAAAAUGGUGGAGAUAUUAAGUGAAAUUAACACUCGUCUUGGGAACUAUAAGUUUAGUAUUCAUUUGUAGUCAGACGUGCUUUGCUUUCCACUUAAAACAGUUUUGGUGAUGGGGUCAAAAAAUAAGUAUUUAUAGUAUGAAAACCUCCUUGAUGGAUCUUGCGAUGGUGUUUUUUUUUUAAUUUUCCUGAUUAGUUUUUAUUUUAUGUAGAAAGUGGCCUUUACUUUUUGAAAUGCAAAGUCCCUGCUUAUUUUCCAAAUGCAAAAUGCUUGCAUUUUGAUUAAGUAAAACGUGAAGAAUUUGUUAAAGUGAAAAUAGGAGCACGUCUAAUUAGAAUUUCUUUGGCAAAAACUAAAAAGUUAUCAUUUAGCUAUCAUUUUUAUUAGAAAAUAACUAUAAUUUAACCAUUCAAAAAAUACUUGUAAUAAUCAACUAACGAAAGCAUAUUUAUUUUUACAAUUUAUCGAAAAAAAAAUAUCUAAAUUAAUUUGAAAUGCUGAUAGUAAACUAAUAGUUUCCAAGGUCGAAUAUAAAUUUCACCCACACUAGGAAGUACAUUUUUUUUUUGCAUAACAUAACUACGAUUAUUUAAUACAACUAAUGUAAAUAACCGUGUAAAUUACCAAAACUGUUACGAGAAUCGUUUACCUCAAGCGAAAGAUGAAAACCCAAUGUUGAUUUUAUACAUAUAUAACAGCUACGAUACGAAUAUUUAUUGCAUACUAUAUAUUGUAUGAUUAAAGAUUUUAUUUUCUUAA